ACCCUUCUUUCACUUCACCCACCCACUUGCUACACCUACUCUUUACUUGCUUUACCCACCCACAUGCAUACCUCCAUAUCUUAGGAGGAAAUUAGGAAGCCAGAAACAAUAAAGAUGAACAAGGGAGAUGAAGAGAAAAGGACAAUGAUGAAGAAGCUCAUUCCCAACAAACAGAUUGUCUUGAAUCACUAUGUAACUGGGUACCCAAAAGAGAGUGACUUUGGAUUGCGAUCCUCUACAACCAGUUGCACCCUUUCCCAUGGUUCCACAUCAUCUGCUGUUCUUCUAAAGAACCUAUACCUCUCCUGUGAUCCUUACAUGCGCCACCGCAUGUCCGAUCAUAUCUCCCAUUCCGGGACUAUUGUCCAGUCGUUCACCUCUGGCUCUGUCCUUGUGGGAUAUGGCGUGUCCAAAGUCAUAGAGUCCACACAUCCAAGCUUCAAAGAAGGCAUUCUGGGCAUGCCAGGAAUUGCUGCUUAUGCUGGAUUUCACAAAAUAUGCUACCCCAAAGAAGGGGAUUGUGUGUAUGUUUCUUCUGCAUCAGGAGGAGUUGGUCAACUUGUUGGUCAAUUUGCCAAACUUAUGGGUUGCUAUGUUGUUGGAAGUGCCAGCACUAAAGAGAAGGUUGAUCUCUUAAAGCACAAGAUGGGGUUUGAUGAAGCAUUUAACUACAAAGAGGAGUAUGAUUUGGGUUCGGCAUUAAGAAGGUACUUCCCGCAAGGCAUUGACAUUUACUUUGACAAUGUGGGUGGCCACAUGCUUGAUGAAGUUAUCUUGCACAUGAAAGUUCAUGGCCGGAUUGCACUCUGUGGCAUGAUUUCUCAAUACAAUAUUGAGAAACCAGAGGGUGUACACAAUAUGUUUAGCCUGAUCAUGAAGCGGAUCGAGAUGAAAGGGUUUGCUGAAACCGAUUUCAGGCAUGUUUAUCCAGAGUUGGUCGAGUUAUGUAUCAAAUACUUGCAGGAAGGGAAGCUGGUCUAUGUUGAAGAUAUUGCUCAGGGGCUGGAGAAUGCCUCAUCUGCUCUUGUUGGAAUUUUCUAUGGCCGCAAUGUUGGUAAGCAGGUCGUCUGUAUUGCUAAGGAGUAAGAUACUUCUGGCAAUAUUAAUAAUAUAUAUUAAGUGAAUAAGGAACCUUGUCUUACUACUAGUUUCCACAAUCAAUCCU